AUGCCUCCCAUCCGCCUUGCGACGGCGUCUCCCGCGGCGGGGCCGACCACCGCCGCGACCCUGCAGCAGAUCUCCCUCCUCGCCGCCCGCGCCUCCGCCAACGCCGCCGACCUCCUCCUACUGCCCGAGGCCUACCUCGGCGCCGGGUACCCGCGCGGCGCCUCUUUCGGCUCUAAGAUCGGCUCCCGCACCGCCGAGGGCCGCGAUGAGUUCCUUGCCUACUUCAACGCCGCCGUCGACCUCGGCGACACCGUCGGCGACGCCGGCGCCGGCGCUGGUGACAAGUGGGUUAACCGGGACCUACCCGCGCAGAAUCUAACCACCGCCGCCGACGGGGACGAGGGCAAGCCGAAGCCGAAGCGGGGCGACGGCUCGAGGGAGGAACUCGAGAAGAUCGCCGCCGACUCGGGCGUCUUCCUCGUCGUCGGCUGCAUCGAGCGCGCCGGCGGCAGCCUGUACUGCGCCGUCGUCUACGUUUGUCCCAGGCUGGGCAUGAUCGGGAAGAGGCGCAAGGUGAUGCCCACCGCGACCGAACGCCUCAUCUGGGCUCAGGGCUCCCCCGCUACCCUCCGCGCCGUCUCCACCACCAUCCGCGGCGUCCGCCUCAACCUCGCCGCCGCCAUUUGCUGGGAGAACUACAUGCCCCUCCUCCGCCAGGCCCUCUACGCCCAGAACAUCAACCUCUACCUCGCUCCGACCGCCGACGGCCGCGAUACCUGGCUGCCCCUCAUGCGCGCCAUCGCCUGCGAGGGCCGCUGCUUCGUCAUCUCCUCUAACAUGGCCGUCCGGCCCCCCGCGUCGUCGUCGGCUUUUGCCGUGCAGCGCGACGGUAGCGACGGCAACGACGACGACGACCAACCAGACGCCGACGCCUACCCCCGCGCCCGCCGCAACUCGUGCCUCACCGAAGAGGGGUUCGAGAUCGCCCUCCCGGAAAAGCACAAGCCCGUCAACGGCACCCCCGCCACAACCACCGACAGCUCGCGCCGCCGCCGCAAAUCCGUCAUCGUCGAGGACGGCAACGAGAUCGUCCUGCCCGGCGACGCCGACGACGACAACAACGCCCCCACCACCGGCGCCAACGGCAUCCGGACCUCCGCUGCCAUCAAGACGGCGGCGAAACCAGCUGCUGACUGGGUCUCCCGCGGCGGCUCCUCCAUCGUGGGCCCCUUCGGCGACGUCCUCGCCGGCCCCCAGUGGGAGGACGACGAGGGACUCAUCUACGCCGACGUCGACUUUGACGACUGCAUCCGCGGCCGCCUCGAUAUCGACGUCGGCGGCAGCUACUCCCGCAACGACUCCUUCAAGUUCUCUGUCGACGGCCUGGACCUGGACCCCCUGCCGUACUAA